UCCUAAUGUUCUCGUAAAAAUGUUUAUGCCUGAAUGUAAAGUCAGUCUUGUUUUUUAAAAAAGUCGUUUCACGCGUCUCACAAAAAACUCGAAGCUUAUCUUCUUCGUGUUAGCGAGAAUAAAGUAUGUUCGAGUUAUGUAUGUCUAGUUUUCACAUUAAAGUAUGUAAAAAUAACGAAACAAAUGAAAUAUUUUUAAUCUCAUCGUUUUUGUUGUUCACCUGGCUUGAGCUUCAUGACGAAACUUUGCCGCACAAAAAAUUUCUUGCCCAAUAUAACUUAACAAAUGAGCAAAAUUUCGGGAAAAUAAGAAAUUGAAUUUAAGGGGACGUAUUAUGAGGUUAUGCUUUUUAUCCUGACGAAUAGCUAAAUAGCUAAAGUUGGUUUGCUUGCUACCAUAGUUCAUGUUCUUAAACUUUCUUGAAUCAUGUUGUGUUCUGUCAUCUUCAACAAUUAGUUCUUACAAUAAAAAUACAAUCAAGGUGCGUGAAUGGCACUUUUUAUAAAAACAUUGCCAAAUUUUGCCAAAUUUAAAAAACCGCCUCUAAAGGCCCGUUUCCACUCAGGAAAAUUUUCCUCGGAAAAGAAAAAUUUCCGAAUUGCACAUGCGCAGUAUAUCAAAACAGAGGUGGUUCUUUUUUGCCGCUGGAAAAGUUGGAACAAAAAUAAAAGUUGAAAAUUUUCAACUUUUUUUUCUUUACGGCGGAAAAAAUAUUUUCAACCAAUCAAAUCGACUUAAAUUGGACAAAAAUGGUAGCUGAAAUUGCUGGAUGUAGAGUAAACAAACAACAAAAUGGCAAAUAACACUAGUAGUGAUGAAACUUCAAGGGAAGACGAAAUGAUUAUAAGAAACAAGUUAUUUUUUGAGCAUGUGAAGCGACAACAGAGAAUUUGUAGCAUUGGACAACCAAGAACACCGCAGAUACGUGUGCGAUAUCCUGUUCGUUCUGCUGUGAUGAUUCCUUCAGCACCAGCAGCUAGUGCCACAGUUACAUCUCCCCUUCCAUCACCUGUAUCUUGUUUUUAACAACGCUUUUCUGGCAUUAUAAGUCCUGGCAUUGUUUCUGGCAUUGCAAGUCCUUCAGUUCCAAGUGCCCAAGAGAAUGCUGAUGACUCAGAACAGCAGCAAGAUCUUGCUGAUAAAUCUACUUGUGAAGAAGAACGUGAAGAACUCUCUGUGCAUGAAAGGUUAGUAAACCUAAUGCCAGAGUACUCGUGCAUAUGGAAAGUGUACUCAACAGAAUACAAAGACAAAGACAGAAAAAUAAGGUCCUGGGAGGAAAUUUCAAAAAGAUUGGGAGACAUUGAUGUGGAAUAUCUGAAAAAGGAAUGGGAGAAGUUGCGUGACAACUAUCGGAAAUGCCUUCAACGAAGAGAGAAGAUGACACGUUCAGGGGCAGGCAACAAAAAGCUGCCCACUUGCAAUUUUUUUGAUGAGCUGGAUUUCCUGAAAGACGUUUCACUGCUUCGAAAAACUGCAUCAAAUGUACCCAUACCUAUUGAAAGUCAAACUGUUGACGAUGAUUUGCAGGAGAACGUUGAGCCAUUAAGAAGGAAAUCUGCCAAAAGAAAAGCAGAUUUACAAAUGAGUGUUGAUGCUUUGUUAAUAAAAGCAUUAAGUGAUGACAACAAUAAGGAAGUUGCUCCUUCAAAAGCUGAAAAUGAUUCUGAAACUUCGUUUUUACUUAGUUUUGUACAUACUUUGAAGGAGUUAUCAAACCGAAAACAACAAUAUGCGAAAAUGAAGAUAAGUGAACUGUUUUAUAACUUGACAGAUGAAGAAUAAGUUACAUCAUAUACAAUAUAUAUAGACUUAUUAUGUAUAUAUUACAAAGUUAUCACAUAUCUGCAGUUGUAUUUACUA